AUGGUCGUCCUCGCUGACUACGGAGCCGGCUUCUACUCGUGCGUUGACGGUGUGGAGCUGGUGGUGCCGAGGCUUCAUGCAGAGAAAGCCCCUUGUGCUUCCACAGUCUAUGUUCAGAAUGUUCAGGAGCCACAGAUCUGUGCAGUUAUUCUGAGUGACAGUGUGGAAAUCCCCCGCCUGCAGCAGGCCCCGCCCCGGCCCCAGACACAGACACACGGGGCUUUACACUGCUCUAACCCCGGAUCCACACGCACAGGCACCAUGGACCAGCACCACACCACUUUAUACAGCCCGGACUACAGCCAGGACUUCAGCCAGGACUAUAGCCCGGACGGCAAAGAGAAGCCGUCCACAGAGGAGCGUCUGGACAGCGGCAUAGACUCGAUCCAGGAGCAGGACUAUGCGGCCCUGGCCGCGGAGAUCCGAGGACUGCGUCUGCAGACCGAGUCCAAACAAGCCGUAACCGGAGAGGCUCCGCACUGGACCUCACAGAUCACGGAGGACGGCGACACGUUGCUCCAUCUGGCCAUAAUCCACGAGGCCGACGACUACAUCAAACAAAUAAUCGAGCAGUCUAAAAACACAGACUUUCUUGACGCACAAAACGACCAGAGACAGGAGCUGCAAAGGUUUAAGUCCUUUGUGAAGAGUAAGCCGGUGUUUGAUGUGGUGGUGGACGGCCUGAACGUUGCCAACAUGAACAAAGACAGAAGCAGACAUUCUGAAACGCUCCUGGCCGUGGUAUCGGAGCUGGUUCUUCAGGGUCAGACGGUUCUGGUCUUGGGGAGAAAACACAUGCUGCGUCCGUCCAGAACCUGGGACAAAAACAACAUGAUCUCCCUCCAGCAGAAAGCUCACUGUUUCUUCACCGAGAACAUCUCUGAGGAUGACCCUUUUCUGCUGUACGCCGCACUGCAUUCUGGGAAUCACUGUCGCUUUGUGAGCAGAGAUCUGAUGAGGGAUCACAAAGCCUGCCUCCCGGACAGAGCCACCAAACGCCUCUUCUUUAAGUGGCAGAGAGGGCAUCAGCUGGUGCUCAGUGGCUACAUAGGGGCAGGAAGGAGAGUCUGUUUUCAGAGCAUUCCCAGCUACGACACUAUUGUCCAGACGUCGGCUGGUUCAUGGCAUAUUCCCUACGAUGACUCCGAGGACAGAUCCACCUACGAAGUGCCUCAGAGAUGGAUGUGUCUCUCUGCCCAACGCUGA